UGAAGGGUCCUGACAAAAUAUCUUAAGUUGUCUCCAUAAAUGUUUAAUGGAUAAGACUUGGACCCACAGAGUUAAACCAGAGAGACACAGAGAGAGACUUUUGACACCUCACCCAUUGCUGCGUUAACACAUGUUUAGGAUUCCUUUCUUUAUAUAGCCAACAAUAUGAUCAACACUUUUCUUCAAACACCACUUGCAGAUUUUUUUCUUCUCCUGUCUUGUCUGCAAUAGAAAAGUAAGAUAAAUAUGGCGACUUUUGAGGAAAGCUCUGAUCUGGAUGUUAUACAGAAACAUCUGUUUGAAGACUUGAUGAUCCCUGAUGGUUUUAUUGAAGAUUUUGUCUUUGAUGAUAGUGCUUUUGUCUCAGUACUCUGGUCUUUAGAACCGUUUAACCCAGUUCCUAAACUGGAACCUAGUUCACCUGUUCCAGAUUCCUAUGUCCAAGAGUUUCUUCAAAUGGAAGCAGAAUCAUCAUCAUCAUCAACAACAACAUCACCUGAGGUUGAGACUGUCUCAAACCGAAAAAAAACAAAGAGGUUUGAAGAGACGAGACAUUACAGAGGUGUGAGAAGGAGGCCAUGGGGAAAAUUUGCAGCAGAGAUUCGAGAUCCCGCGAAGAAAGGAUCCAGGAUCUGGUUAGGCACUUUCGAGAGUGAUAUUGAUGCUGCAAGAGCUUAUGACUAUGCAGCUUUUAAGCUCAGGGGAAGAAAAGCUGUCCUCAAUUUUCCUUUGGAUGCCGGAAAGUAUGAUGCUCCGGUCAAUUCAUGCCGAAAAAGGAGGAGAAGCGAUGUACUGCAGCCUCAAGGAACAACAACGAGUACUUCAUCAUCAUCAUCAAACUAAUGGGAAUAGUGAUGUUUAAUUAGUAUAUAUAGGUUAAUAUCUUAAGUAUGUGAAGCAUGUAUAGAGCCAAGAAAAUGUUAGAUUAGUGUACUGAAAAAAACUCUUCCAAAUUAUGUACUAAAGAGUUCCUGUAACAAUGGAACUUCUGUGUUUUCUCAUGUCUUAAAGAGCUUAAGGUUCUAGAAACAAAGUUCUUGUUCAAGA